GUUGAAGGCUGGAGCACCCUGCACUGCGGCUUUUCUCUGCCCCCAGGGGGCAGAGCAUGAAUUAGAGCAACCCCGAGGCUGCUCUAACAUUCACCACAGGCCAGACCUGGAAUAUAAGGAGCGCAAAGCAGAACUCAAAAGCCACCUGCCCCCACGUGCCGGGCUGGGGAACCUGGGAAUCGGGCCCCCUGAAUACAGCAGCGUAAUAAUAAUUCAAGACGCCUCCCUCCAGUAAAGCAAACCCAGCUCAGGUGAUCUCCUCCCAGAUAAACAUCCAGCUUGAUCUGACCCCAAUGCACAGGGUCAAAGACCCAAACCAUAUCCAUUUGCUGGCAGCUCCUGGGGCCUGCAUGGACUAAGUUUGAUGGCCUUUGGCCUGGUUCCUACUGGACACGUGUCCGCCCUACCCACCCAAGCUGGCUCUGGUUGGCCCAGUCCAAGGCCAGCAGGGACCAUUCGAUCAUCAGUCUGAUCUCCAGGCUGUUAAAUUUUGCCCGGCUCCCCAUGUAUGGAGCCUGAUCGCUUACACUGGCCUAUCCAGCCUGUCUUGCAGCAAGUCAUCUGGACGCGACACCCACUUCCUUUGGCCGUUUGUUCCCGGCGUUCGUCAUCCUGACUGGGAAAAAACCGGGGUCUUAUUUCCGGUCGGAAUGUGUCUAGCUUCAGCUGCCAGCCGGUGAUUUUUGUUCUGUCUCCGCUAAACACACGAGCCCUUUAAAGCCCAGGAUGUUUGCCCAGCAUACGCUGUGCUCAAGUAACCAGGGCCAUAGACGCGGUAAAAUCAGGUCACCUCUUGAUCUGCUUUGUGAUAAGCCAGCUGGAGCCUCGUAAAAUCUCUCUCUCUCCCGCGGGCAUCUUCUCCCGCUCUUGAAUCAGUUUUGUGGGUCUUCUCUGCGCCCGCCCCAAUGUUGCAACAGGCGUGUUUAAAUGCGCCCCCUCCACCCCAGAGCUGGGCGCAGCAUCCCAGGCCCGGGCUCACCGACACCGCCUCGCUCCUGGUCUAGAUAACACUUAGUCCUGCCAGGAGUGCAGGGGACUGGACUAGAUACCGCUCGAGGUCCCUUCCAGUCCUGCGAUUCUAUGAAUGCUGUGAUUAUUUCUAUGCAGCUACCAAGAAGCCGCGUCCCGAGAGCUUGUUAUCAGCCGCAGUCCCAGGACGGCGAGCGUUUGGCUGGGGAGCUCCCCCCACCACCACGUGCGCUGAGUAGGAGACCUGACACUCCCAUUCAUUAUGUUUAGAUCAGGGCUCAGCCUACGCUGUCUAGGACCCUGGAGCGGCUGGACCGUUCAGCUCUGUACAAAUACAAUCCACCUGCACGCGUGAGCUUCAAACACACCCGGGCGCGCGCCGCUGGCCUCUUUCACCAUCUCCAGCAGCCUCCCGGUCGCCCGGGGCGGGGGACUCUCAGGGUAGGUGGAUGAGACUGCACCGAGGGUCCCCGUUAUCAGGGCGUUGGCUGGGAGCGUUUGGGGUUUCAGGGCCCGAUCCGCAGUGGGUUUAAAUCACCGGUACUCAGCCAACUUGGAAGGAGCUAAUUUAUGCCAGCUGUUCCUCAGGCUGAAGGUCUGUUUCCCUUUAGAUCGUUAGCUAGUUCCUGGUGCUUUGAGCUCCGAGCUCUGCCCUUGGGUACACGCUCUGGGGCUUCUGUCCCAGAGGCGGUACCAAGGUUUAAAUUCAGUCCAGCGGCAGGUUCUUAACUCAUUUGUUGUAUCUCUAUCUGUCUAGCUGGUUUGGAAGAUCCAGGAAUAGAACCCAGGAGUCCGGCCCCCCGACCCCCUGCAGCUCUGCUGGGGGUGGGUUUUAGUCCCCUCUCGGGAUGGGGUGCGCGCUGUCGGGUUCUGGGAUCGCCCCGGGGAAAACCAUCUCGGAGUCCAAGCGGAGCCCGUCGUCGGAAAACCUAGCGGCGCCGAAAGCGGGCCCGGAGCACGGAGGCGACGGGCUGGGGGCAGGUCCCUUUCCGCUGGCGGACGCGCAGAAGGAGCGGAUCCAGGAGUCCUGGCGGAUCCUGCACGACAAUAUCGCUCGGGUCGGCAUCAUUGUCUUCAUCAGGGUGAUGUCCUUCAUUGAGAAAAGCGUGGCCCGGCUGGACCAAGAGGACAAGCUGGAACAGCUGGCCUUCGAGCUCGGCAGGAGUCAUUACAGAUACAACGCCCCGCCCAAGUACUAUGAGUACGUGGGCAUCCAGUUUAUCAGCACCGUGCAGCCCAUCCUCAAGGAGCGCUGGACGCCGGAAGUGGAGGAGGCCUGGCAGAGUCUGUUCAGGUACCUGACGGCCACGAUGAAACGGGGGUACUAUGAGGAAGAGGAGAAAUCGGGCAGCAUCAAAUCCCCUGCCUUGAAGAAACCCGGGACUGGAUCCAUCCUGAACAGCAUAUAGGUCCAAGAGCGGGCGGCAUAGCGCUUGGCUUGGCUUGCUGUGAUAUUCCCAUAGGACCUCUCCUUCCCCCUGUGCACAAGGAACUGCCCUUGCUUGUUACUUUCACAGACUGUGAUUCCCAGCUGAAUCCAGUUGUGAUUCCAGGGCAGAGGCUGGAUUUUUGCUGCUGGUCGGAGGCCCCAUCUGUGUAGCCGGGGUCCCCCCCCAGGGGUCGCCGCAGCAGGUAGAGGCAGUAAACUAUCUCUGAACCCUUUCUACUUUGGGUAUAGGCAGUUCUGGGUGAGCUUCCUGGAAGGGAAAAGGGGCCGAGAACAGGAGUCGGCUUUAGAGACCGGCGUGAGGGCCUUGAUUUCUAUAUAUGGACUGUUAUCCGCCUGGCCCAUCUAGCAGCACCGGGGAAGGGGUUAAACAUCCCCCGAGUUGGCAGAGCGGCAGUGUUAAAGGUGACUCGCGAAGGGAAAUGAAAUUGGGGUGGGUGCCCUCUCCCCGUUUGGCUUCUUUACAAUGGAUCCAGACACCCUGAGAAAUUAAACUCAGUCCGCCCCAGCUGCCAAAUGGGAAGAACAACCAUUUCUGGCAAGCUGGUAACAGUCUACUACUGCUGCCAGCUCUGGGAGUGACUCUGUUAGCUUGAGUGGUGGAGGCCCGUGCUGAGGUAGAGACAGACAGAGCGGGAGGACAAGGAGACAAUCUGGGCAGGUUCAAACUUGGUUGAUGACCCUGUACUGGGUGCCGGUGUAAAACUGAUGCUGGAGAGGGGCACGUGGACCUCAGGGAGAAGGGGCAAUAGAACAGACAUAACCUUACGCUGUGGUUAAAGCACUGGCGAGGGAUGCAGGAGACCAAGGGUCACUCCCCACCUCUGCUACAGCUUCCCUGUGUGACCUUUGGCAAGUUACUUCAUCUUUCUAGGCCUGGGUCCGUCCCCCCCCAGUCUGUACAGUGACUUUGCCUUUGCCUGGUUAGACUGGAAGCUGUUUGGGGCAGGGGCAGUCUCCCAUGGGGCCCUGAUCUCAGUUUGAGGUGGCAGCACAGCAAGCUUUGACAGUAGAAACAUUGACCUGGCAAUCUACCCGGCAGGACUCGAUGGAGAACUAGCCCUGGGGCUGGUCUAGGCACAAAAAUUACACCAAUUUAACUAAACCCCCCGCCCCCAAAAUUCAAAGCCAACUUCGUUAAAUGAGUGCAAACCCACCUUAACGAUUAUUUAUUAUUUGUAUUAUGGUAGCACCUACGAGCCCUAGCCAAGGACCACGCCCCCUUUGUGCCAGGUGCUGUACAUAUUUAUUGCUAUUACAUGUAUUACGGUAACACCUUGGCGCCCCAGUCACGGAACAGGCCCCCCACUGUGCCAGGCGCUGUACAUUUUUAUUGCUAUUACAUGUAUUAUGGUAACACCUUGGCGCCCCAGUCACGGAACAGGCCCCCCCACUGUGCCAGGUGCUGUACAUAUUUAUUGCUAUUACAUGUAUUAUAGUAACACCUUGGCGCCCCAGUCACGGAACAGGCCCCCCACUCUGCCAGGCGCUACCGCUGUCAAGAUUUUUGUGGGCUUGGGGGCAAAGGAGAGUUUUAAGGGGAGCUUAGAAGGCGAACGAUGAAGUGGCUUGAAUUCAAACUGGCUCUGAAUGGUUCCGCGGCAGCGGGGGACUUCCUCUGUGUCAGGCGCUUCCCCCUCCCUUAGUGCCUUGAACAUCCGUAUCUCACAGUCCCUAUGUGAGGGAAGGAAAUGCGGGUAUCCCCCAUUACACAGAUGGGGAAACCGAGGCCCAGAUCCACAGAGGUAUUUAGCUUCCUAACUUUAUUUGAAAUCAGCGGAAGUUAGGCGCCUAAAUACCUUUGAGGGUCGGAGACAUCAGGUCACACAGAGAGCCUGUGACAUUUAAGCUAAGCGGCCAUAAACUAGGUUGAAAUCUGUAUCCAUCCUAAAGAAGCAUUUUCACCGUCAGAUUGACGCUCACGACACAGACACGCCCUUCGGCCCCAUGACCCCCCCCCCACACACACACACACACUCCAAACGCAGGAAUUAACUCAAGCGCAAAAAGCCAAAUCCCCACCCGGCAGAAUUUUCACCCCAGAAACGGAGAACGCCAUGAAAUCUACUAGGGACCGAGGCUAUUGCUCAUUUCACACGGCAGGCCCCCAAAUUCCACAACGAUGGGGAGCACUAGAAAACCGUAGGGCCUGGUCUACACAUAGAGUUUGUCCUGGUAUCACUCUAUGGGUUCGGAAUGUGAUGUUUUGAACCGAUAUAGUUAUACCGGUAUAAACCGUAGUGUGGAUGCAGUUAUACUGGUAUAAAGGGGUCUUAAACCAGUAUUAUUCUCCAUCAUGUUCGGAACUAGCUGUGGGAGUAAAGUGGUCACGACCGUGUUAAUUGGGUUCCCUGGAACAUAAGAACAUAAGAAUGGCCCUACUGGGUAAGACCAAAGGUCCAUCUAGCCCAGUAUCCUGUCUACCGACAGUGGCCAAUGGCAGGUGCCC